AUAACAUUGAUAUCCUGAUUAUUUUGUACAGCGAAACGCGUUAUUAUUGUUUUUUUGUGAGAUGCGCGCGAGCAGACUAGCAUCCGACUAGCAUCCGACGCGAUAAUCGUCCUAUAAACAUUUAUUAUCGCUUUACAUUAUUACAUACAUAUAUAGCGGUCAUCGGAGAGUGCAGAAAAACGUAUUCGGCGUUUCGACGUGGUGGUCGAUAAAGAAAGGAGAAGACGAUUUUGAUGAGGUAUGUAUAAUAUGUUUUAUUUCUGUCGGAGGAGGAAAAAAACCGUCCCCACCGUUCGGGUCAUCACCUCUAUCUCCGACCGAUUAUUCUCCGACGGGGGGGAAACGGGAGGCGGGGCUCGAGACGGCGGCCGCUCCCCCGAGCCAUUGGGCCCGCGCCGACGUGCCAUUGGGCGGACCACCUUAUCUGACCGUGACGUCCGACGGGCCACGCCGCCGCCGCAACUGCACCGCAACCGUUCAGUCCGCACUCGAACGCCGUCGCAGUCGUUUACAGUAACGCCGCACGCGCGUCAUUUAUAAUAAUAAUAAUAAUAUCGUUCGUAUGUGGUUUUCUGUAUAAUAAAAUAUAAAUUAUUAUAAUAUUGUGUCCGAUUUUGCGAUUUCGUUUCCGGUGUGUAACAAUAUUGUUGCAGUUUUUUUUUUUUUUUAAUUGUUCUGUGCAGCUCUUUCGUCGAUAAACGUGCGCUUACACCUACAUAGUUAUAAUAUAUUAUAUAGGAAUAACCGAUUCGUAUAUAAUAUAUUCAAUAUUUUGCGGGAGUAUUAUAUUAUAAAAGUCUUGUAAAAAUGCCGCGGCCUAGUCGCGACUCGUACGGCGACCAAAAGCCACCGUACAGUUAUAUAUCGCUGACGGCCAUGGCCAUAUGGAGUUCGCCGGAGAAAAUGCUUCCACUGUCUGACAUUUACAAGUUCAUCAGCGACCAGUUCCCGUACUACAGGCGGAACACGCAACGCUGGCAGAACUCGCUCCGGCACAACCUGUCGUUCAACGACUGUUUCGUGAAAAUCCCGCGGAUGCCGGACAGACCGGGCAAAGGCGCGUACUGGGCUCUGCACCCGGCCGCCCUGGACAUGUUCGAGAACGGUUCGCUGUUGCGGCGCCGCAAACGGUUCAAACUGGUCAAGUCCGACAAAGACAGGUUGGACAACGAACUGAUCGCUCUGGCUAACAAUUUGGCACACAUGCAGCGCAACCAUCCGGCCAUGUCAGCGGCUUCGUCGUUGUCGUUGGCCGGCGCUGCCUCGUCGUCGGGCGCCUCGUCCGCGUCGUCUUCGUCUCCGUGUUCGUCGUCGGCCGGCAGUCCGCCGCCGCCGCCACAGCAACUUCUUCAGCCACCGUCUUCUCAACUCGGCGCGUCGUCCGUCGGGCCCGCGCACGUGCACCGUCAGCUGCACUGUUACGACGACCAUCACAGCAUCAGUCGCCGACGCCGCCGCAGCCGCAGCCGUAACGCCGCGGACGCGGUCACCGCCUGCACAACCAAGCCGGCGGUCAAGAGACCGUUCGACAUCGAGAGUCUGAUCGGGCCCGAUCCGUCGUCGGCCCGACAACAGCCGCAGCCGCUGACGGCCGCCGCCGAUUACACGGACGAAGACGACGACGCCGCGGACGACAACGACAGCGGCGGCAGCGGCGGCGGCGGCGACGACGACAUUCUGCGUCGAUUCCCGUCCAUCGUGCCGGCCGCGUACAGGGCGCCGUUGAUGGUGCCGUACGAGUUCCAUCACGCGGCCGCGGCCGCCGCGGCGAUGGCGUUUCAAGACCAACACCAGCACCAUCACGUCCUGCAGCACCACAGCCAGCUGCAACAGUUGCACCACCACCACCAACAACAGCAACAGCAAUAUUUACGGUACGCCGCGGCGUCUUAUUUUCCGCUGCACAACUAACAACGCGUAUUACGAUGUUGUUGUAGAGGUAUAUGUUAUAAUAUUAUAUUGUGUAUACGUAUAGUCACGUGUUCGGUAAUAAGUCGCGUACGACGUCCGACCUCUGACCGACCGCACUUUGGAUUCGUACCUAUGUAUAAUAUAAUAUAUUAUUAUUAUUAUUAUUAUAUGUCGGAUAAGCGUGGCGUUAUUUGCGCUCGGCGCGAUGACGACGGCGAUGAUAAUAUAGGUAAUAUCUGAUCUCGUGUAGCGUGCACACACUUUCGCGGCGACGAUUUUUAUUCCAUAAAAUAAUAUGACAUAAUAUAUAUUAUUAUACGCGCGUAUAUAGGUACCUAAUACGUAUAGACUUUCCUAUGUACAGGGCCGUAUGUUUACACUUUUUGCGUCCUGGGUCGAAAAUAUUUGUUCGCCCCCUCCCAAAAUGUUAUUUAUAUACAAUAAUACACCCCGUGGCAAUAAUGUCCCCGUUGCGCCCCCCCCCUUUAAAUAAGGCCCUGUCUUGCGUAAUGCGUAUAUACCUACACGCGGCGUAUAAAUAUAUAUAUAUAUAUAAUAUAUAUAUUAUAUAUAUAUAUAUAUAUUAUUUUAACCGUUGUUCUUAAAUCAUAUAUAUUUACAUAAUUUAUUUGUUUGUUUGUUUUUUUUCCUAUCUAUAAGGUCUGUACAAAUUAGCCAUCAUUAUAUUAUUAUCUAUACAUAUAUUAUAGGUAUAAUAUUAUAUAUUUUAAUCGAGUUAACUUAAUAUAAUAUGAUGCCUACCAUAUAAUAUUGUAAAACAAUAACGUACUGAACCUAUAUACAUUAUAGUAUAUAAUAUUAUAUAAUUUAUCGUGUAAGAAAAUUAAAUCGUAGUUUUUAGUAUAUAUUUGUUAUUCUGUGAUGUAGUUUUUAAUGUGCAGUAAUAAUUAUCAUAGGUACCUAUAUUUUCGACGAAAAAUAUUAUUUCUUAUAAUAUAUAUAUAUUAUAUCGAUGCGAUUUCGUUUGCUGCCCACGCUGUGGACCCUAACUUUAUUCUGAUACAUAUGUAUAUAUAUAAGUAUACCUAGGUAUAAUUAACACACAUACCUACUGCGAACACUCAUUAUUAUUAUUAUUAUAUUAUUAUGAUUUGUUUUUAGUUUUUAUUUUAUACAUUAUAUUUUAUAUAUUCAUAUAAAUGACCUAGAAAGUUAUAUUUUAUAUGUUAUAACUCUGUUACCCCAAAAUUCCUCGUGUAAAAAAAAAUUGAAGAAAAAGGUGAAUAAUUAUUUAUUUAUUAUUAUUAUUAUUAUUAGAUAUUAUCAUUUGAGAUUGUAAUAAUCGUAUUCGUAGAAUUUGUAUUAUAUAUAACCUAUAUGUAUAAUAUUCAAGUGCAGAGUAAUGUUUGUCGAA